AUGCGGCGCCUGGAGGAGGAUGUGGUCGCUCAGUCGCGCAGGAGCGGCUCAGAUCCAAGAGAAAGCCCGUUUCUCGUUGUGUUCGACGUGCCCCCAUCGAUGAGUGAGCUCCUUGAAAACUCACCCAGCGAUUUUCAAAAGCAUCACACUGUGCUAGAUAAAAGAGAACAAAUUCUUGUUAUUGAGACAAUGGUCUCAAACCCCCAUGAGACCGCUGCUGUUGAAUUUGGAAACCAAUUAUAUAGCAAGGUAAGGUCCAUGGGACUGAAACCACUCUCGACUGGAUGCUCCACGGUUGAAGAGGGAAAUUACAGGAAGGAACCAGAUGGUUCCUGGUGGCCAGAAAAAAAGCACAGAGCAGAGAUGUCCCAUCAAUGGCCUAAUGUUGUACUGGAAGUGGGAUAUGCUGAGAGGGAUGCUAAGUUGGCAAUUGAUGCACAAGGUUGGCUGGAGGCAGCUGGUUCAACAGUUCAGAUUGCAAUAACAGUAAAAAUCGACCGAACAACACCUCAAAUUCAUAUUAAAGCAUGGGAGCCUUCCUAUAUAGGACGAGGCACUCGGUCGAACCGCCCGAAAGCAAGGGUGAAACAAGACAUAUGGGUUACACAUGCAAAUGGUGCCAGCAGAGCCUCAGAUACCCUGGAGCUUGACUUCGAGAAGAUAUUUGAUCGGCCAAGGAAUCCGGCGAAGCCACAAGAACAGAACGUUAUCUUCUCAAAAGAAGAUCUAGUGGACCUAGCUGAAGACGUCUGGUUUUUUCAAAAUAUGGUGGAAGCCUAG